GUGACGGCCGUCGUGUCUGUCAAGCAGCGGACUCCCGCACCCCCUUGGCGUGACUCUCACGAUCCAGGGUCUUCCUCCCUUUUUUUUAACGUUCAUCCCCCUAAUAAUCUAGUAGCGAGUAUUAUGGCGACCUGUGGCGAGUAUAUCCGCAGCCAGUUCCCGACGAUAGACGAGGAUCUCUAUCAGUAUGUGCAAGGUAUCCUGGAUAGCUCCAAGGAUGACUUUGAGGAUGGCGACGAGGUGUACGAAGCGAUCGGCCAAGUGCUGCACGAGGUGGCGGACAAAUCAGAAAACGAGGUUAGACAAAUAUGCGUAAGACUGUUGGAAAUAUUGAAAGGUAGUUCGAAUGAUGAAGAAAUUGAUAGGAGAAGAAAUGGCGUUAACAAAGUAUUAAAUGCUCCGGUGCAUCUUGGUGCAUUGGCUGCUACCUUGGAGGCACAAGUUGAGCAGAUUAAAAGUAUAUGGGUCACAACCAGAGAUGAUGUGAUGAAAGUAGAUGCCAAGAAAUUAGAAAAAGCCGAGGCCAAAUUACAACAGAAACAGGAAAAACGAAUAGUAAAUGAACAAGGAUCGGCCUCUCGUAUUAACACUACCAAUCACGCAGUUGAAAGUGCGGCAAGCGCUAGUCAAAUGACAAGCAAAAAGGAUAGUCGGAUGGAAACAAAAGGUGGGGUGAACAAAACUCAGGAUAUCAGGAUAGAAAACUUUGAUGUCGCUUAUGGCGAUAGAGUAUUGUUGCACAAUGCUGACUUGACACUUGCAUUCGGCAGACGAUACGGUUUGAUAGGCAGAAAUGGACUUGGUAAAACCACCUUACUUCGAAUGAUAUCGAGCAAGCAGCUGAGAAUACCAUCGCACGUGCGAGUAUUGCAUGUCGAACAAGAGGUAGCCGGCGACGAUACGUCCGCCCUUGAAUCAGUUUUAGAAUGUGAUCAGGAACGUAGUGAAUUGCUCAGUCAAGAGGCAAAGUUACAAGUGGCAAUAGAGAAGGAUGGCUCCAAGGAUGCGUUAGGCGAGGAACUAGCUCGGGUAUAUGAGGCGAUGCAAUUAGCUGAAGUUGACAAGGCGCCUGCCAGAGCAAGCGCGAUCUUGUCAGGUCUCGGAUUCUCCGUUGAGAGGCAAUCAUGGCCGACCAAAGCGUUUUCCGGUGGUUGGCGAAUGAGGCUCGCCCUUGCAAGGGCGCUGUUCUCUAAACCAGAUUUGUUAUUGCUUGAUGAGCCGACGAACAUGCUUGAUAUUAAAGCGAUACUUUGGUUGGAGAAAUAUUUGCAAACGUGGCCAAAAACAUUACUCGUCGUGUCGCACGACCGAAAAUUCUUAGACACGGUGCCAACUGAUAUUUUGUACUUGCGUGGUCAAAAAAUAGAAGCGUACCGUGGUAAUUAUGAGCAAUUUGUGAAAACGAAAGGCGAACGCGAGAGGAACCAACAACGAGAAUAUGAGGCUCAACAGGCUAAAAGAGCACAUGUACAGGAAUUUAUCGAUAAAUUCCGAUACAAUGCGAAUCGUGCGUCCAGUGUACAAAGCAAGAUAAAAAUGUUAGAGAAAUUACCUGAUUUAAAACCAAUGGAAAAGGAGAGCGAAGUAACUCUUAAUUUUCCCGAUGUCGAACCACUAAGUCCGCCAAUCUUGCAGCUUAACGAAGUCUCCUACAGUUACAACGGAACCGAUAUGGUAUUUAGCAAUGUGAAUCUUACUGCCAGUUUGCAAUCGCGCAUCUGCAUCGUCGGUGAGAAUGGCGCGGGCAAAACUACUCUUUUGAAAAUCAUCACGGGAGCAUUAAGCCCGACGCGAGGUACAGUGCAUGUACAUCGUAAUUUGAAGUUUGGCUACUUCAGUCAGCAUCACAUUGAUCAGCUGGAUAUGCGUGUCUGCCCUGUCGAGUUGUUACAAUCGCAUUUUCCUGGCAAACCAAUCGAAGAGUACAGACGAAUGCUUGGAAGUUUUGGUAUAAGUGGUAAUCUAGCUUUGCAAACUAUUAAUUCUCUCUCGGGAGGACAGAAGUCUAGAGUAGCGUUUGCCUUGAUGUGUGCCGCAUUACCUAAUUUCCUAGUGCUUGACGAACCAACGAAUCAUCUCGAUAUUGAAUCGAUCGAAGCUCUGGGUAAAGCUCUCAACAACUGCCAAGCCGGUGUAAUAUUGGUGUCGCAUGAUGAACGUUUAAUUCGAAUGGUUUGUACAGAAUUGUGGGUUUGCGGAGAAGGAUCAGUUCGCUGUAUCGAAGAAGGUUUUGACGAAUACCGCAGGAUUAUUGAAAAAGAGCUUGAAUUAUAAAAAUAAUAUGAAUUUGUCUAAUGUGAUAUUAUCAUCUUACAUUGUCUUAUGCAUCGUGGUGAAAGUUCGAGAGAAGUAUCGCCACUUUAAUUGGAGUUAUAUUACGGCUAUUAUAUACUUUUUUCGACACGUUUCAUCGCCAAAGGUAUCUUAUUUAUUUUUUAAAUGUUUUUCUUGAAACAAAUAUAGUGACCGCGACGAUUUAUUUAUUAAUUCAAGUUUCUUCUUGAUGGAAGAGGAAGAAUAUUAUCCCUGCCCUUAAAAAGAAUUUAUUAUCUUGAAUUGUAUUCACUUUCUUUUAAUGUAUUGAAGUAAAACAUUCGACUGUGACAUGCAAUAGAAUGAAGAUUUACAUAUUUAAUAUUACUCUAUUAUGUGAAGAAAGUAAUAAAAGAUAUUGUUAGAUAAAAAGA